GAGCUUAUUAAGCAGAAACUGUUUUACAUUUUCCAAGAUCAGCUUUCUCAGGAAAUCAGAGUGUUUACACGGAAUAUCCUUGUGACUUCCUUAACUCGAUAAAAAAUGGUUUAUUUGUGUAGUGAAUUAACCAGGAUUCAAACGUCUUAUCGAACUGUGGCAUAAUUAAGCUAAGUUUGAAUUAUAAUUUGCCAGCUUAGCGUCGAAACUAUGCCAUUCAAGUUAUGACCUUGUAAGCUCGGAGUUUGGUAGUUGCCCAUGUUUCACGAACAGAUGUCAAUAUCCAUUCAGCGAUAGCCAUUCCUGCAAAUACUUGGCGAUAACCUUGGAGUAUUGUGUGCACAGGAUUAUCAACCAUCUCAAGUUUUUCGACCGAAAACGUUUGUGCAUUUUGAAUUCGAUUUUAUUGUGAGAAGAUGAGGGAAACAGCAAAGACGAAAAGUGAAGAAGUUACCGCAGAAAAUGAACCGUAUGAUGAUCAGGCUGGCUAUGCUCAAAUGGACGCGGGAGCCGCAACGUCCAUAUACAACCCGAGUCAGUUUCCAAAUUCGGCCGGAGCAAUGCAUUUAGUCGCAGGUCAACACGUUCCGUUCGCAAACCCAACAAACGCCGCUUUUCACGGAGCAGCUUCAAACGUUCCAUCUGUAAUCAGCGCUGUUUCGGAUAUUCAUAAAAGGGAUAAAGAAUUAAUCUAUGGACAUCCAUUAUUCCCUCUGCUUGCUUUGAUUUUUGAGAAAUGCGAGCUCGCAACUUGUACUCCUCGUGAACCCGGUGCUGUUGGGGGUGAUGUGUGUUCCUCGGCUUCCUUUAGCGAGGACAUUACGGUGUUUGCGAAACAGUUCAAAAGCGAAAAACCGUUGUUCAGUCAGAAUCAUGAGAUUGAUAGUUUGAUGGUUCAAGCAAUACAAGUACUUCGCUUCCACUUGUUAGAGUUGGAAAAGGUGCAUGAGUUAUGCGAUAACUUCUGCAAACGGUACAUUUCCUGUUUGAAAGGCAAGAUGCCAAUAGAUUUAGUUAUGGAAGAAAGAGACGGCGAGGGUAAAUCAAGAGCAGAUAGCAUUGGCUCCGACGACAGUGUCGAGACACGCGGUAUUAGCUCCGAAAAUAAUCAGAGUACAAGCGAGACGCCUAGUUGGUCUCAUGAUGCGGGCUUGGAUCUAGGACACGCUGACGCAAGGGCAUCCAUGACCUCGCAGUCAUCUUUAGGGGCUGACACCUCUUCUCCUGAAGGUCUGGAUGCAAGCCUUCAUGCCCCGUUGGGCCACGAUGACAGCGUUUUCGACGAAGAUGACAACGAUAAGGACAAAAAGAAACAGAAAAAACGCGGAAUAUUUCCCAAAGCUGCGACCAAUAUCAUGAAAGCAUGGCUCUUUCAGCACUUAACGCACCCGUACCCUUCAGAAGAGCAAAAACGAACGCUAGCUCAAGAGACGGGAUUAACAAUCUUGCAAGUCAACAAUUGGUUCAUCAAUGCAAGGAGACGUAUUGUUCAACCGAUGAUCGACGCUUCAAAUCGGGCAGGAAAAUCACCGGUCGUGACAGUUUUCAAAUCGAGACGACGCGGUGGUAAGAACGGAAGCCAGGGGAUACCAUCCCCACCUCGUUUCGGCCCCACAGGACCAGGACACCCAACCCCACCCGGGUACUACCCGGAUCAACAUCAUGCACAGAUGCACCCCAACUACCACAUGCAAGACCCUGCAUCAGGACAGUCACCGCACUUCUCACCCAGGGGAUAUAUUCCGAGCGGGGAACCGUCGCCCGGAGCUAUGCCCGGUCACUUGGGUGGAUCACCCGUACCUCAUACGAUGCACGCCCAGAUGCAGGCGCAUGCGUAUCGAGCGCAAGUGCCCGCUGGACAAGUACAUUCGCAGGCUAUGUAUAUACCUGGCCAUCAAAUGAUCAUGUCACCAGCAGGUCACCCUCAUGCCCAGUACCCUACAGCUCACGGUCAGCUCAUCACACCCACUCAUCAAUCGGUGUCGCCGUCCAUACUUCCCCCGGAAACGAUGACGCAACAGGUUGUAGACAUUCAUUCGUCGUAGAAUCGAGAGCUCGGCAUUCCUAGAGAGCGACCGAAAGUAGAAAUGGUAGUGUGACCGUUGAAACAGCGUCCGCUGACCGUUGGUAUAGAUUGCGUGGAGUAGAGAGCGAAUAGGAAGGACUUGGCAGAGCGUCGGGUUUUAACAAACGGUAUUUCUCUGCAGAUGGAUUAUCAGUUUGAGAAAUUCUUGCCACUUCUAUAAUAUUCAAAGCAAUGAAUUUUCUCUAUUUCAUUCAACUGCUCUGACAAGAAGAGUUGUCUGGUCUGAACAACAUCUGCAGUGAAAUGCCGCUUAGCAAGACUCGCUCGUUGCGCGAAUGAAAUACAAAAAUCGGAAGACGCUGUCCAAAUGUACAGGCAACUCAUUGGUAAAUCACGUGAAUCCGAGGGGAGGAUUAGAAACUAGCGACACGACUGCGAAAGUGAAUGUUAACUUUGAUGCAGAUUUUUUUGUUUCCAAGCUCUGACGAUCAGUAAGUAAUACGGCGAUCACACAACUUCG